AUGUCGAACCCGAUGGACACCGAUGCCGGCUCCGAGCUGUUCAGCAGCUACGAGACCGAGUUGAAGCUGGUCCAGGCCGACCUCAACCAGAAGCUAGAUCAGAUCUCCGAGUCGAGCGGUGAACAACGGAAGUCUGCCAUCCGGCAAGCGGAAAGAGCAUUGGAUGAGGCCACGGAAUUGUUGGACCAAAUGCGCAUGGAGAAACAGAACAUCCCCUCCUCCGCCCGAUCGAAAAUCAACGCCCGGGUCCGCAACUACGCGACAGACAUUGAUGAGGCCAAGCGCAAGCUGCGGUCUCUGUCGGACGACCGCAAAGCCCUCUUCGGCGACCGGUACACGGAUGACCCGCAGGACGAGCAUCUGGAACAGCGCCAGCAACUUCUGUCUGGUACAGAGCGCCUGGAGCGCAGUUCCGCCCGGCUCCAGGAGAGUCAGCGCAUUGCGCUCGAGACGGAGGACAUUGGUCGCAACACGCUGGCGGAUCUGAACCAGCAGCGGGAGACCAUCAUCAAUGCCCGAGGCCGCCUGUUGGAGAGUGAAGGCUAUGUGGAUACCAGUAUUAAGACAUUGAGGGGCAUGGCCCGUAGGAUGGCUACGAAUCGGCUGAUUACCAUUGCAAUCAUUACUGUGUUGAUUCUUUUGAUUUUCGCUGUGAUCUACAGCAAGUUCCACUGA